AGGACUGUUUAGGGAAAUUGCUUUUUAAUGAAUAUUGAGAAUGUUUUUUGCGACAAGAUAUCAUUCAAAAUCUCUCCCGGACUUGUCAGUUUUGGGAGAUUAACUAGCGUUCACUAUGCACUUGCGUUUGUUACAUCCUCAGAUAAGGUGUACAUUUACAAUCCAAAAUUUUAUCAUUCCACUGAAGGAUUCACCAAGAUCUUAUCACAAGAUUUUAUUAGAUGCAGUAAUAUUCAUUCAAUAUGUGCAAUUCAAACAGGCAAUUUUGAACGUAUUUCCAAUCAAAAUGAUCUAUUAAUAAUUGGAUCAAAAUAUGGUAUUCUAAUCUAUGAUCCAGUCAAUAAUGUGGAUAUAUUUUGGAAAGAAUUAAAGAAUAAUGGUGUAAACACGAUAUUAUACAAACAUUUUGAUGAACAAAAUAAACAAUACAAAAAUACUGAUAUUAUAUUUGUUGGUGGCCAUUGUUCAUUGAUUGCAUUGAAUUAUUCAGCGAUAGAAUUAUUUUGGACAGUAACUAGUGAUACAAUCUCUGCAAUUACUUGUUUAUCUUAUGAAAAUCAUGAAGAAUCAUUCAAUGAUAUUGUUGUUGGUUCGGAAGAUUAUACUAUACGUAUAUUCCGUAAUGAAUUAAUGAUACAUGAAAUAUCCGAAACAGAUGCAGUAAUAAAACUUACUUCACUUGGUGGUGAAUAUUUUGGUUAUGGUUUGAGAAAUGGUACAAUUGGUGUAUACAAUAAAGUGAAUCGUAUAUGGCGUAUUAAAUCGAAAAACAAACCUAUCUGCUUUAUUAGUCAUGACAUAAACCAGGAUGGAUAUGCAGAGCUAAUUUGUGGUUGGAAUAAUGGCAAAGUAGAUGCUCGUUUGCGUUCAAAUGGGGUAGUUGUAUUCAAAAUUCAACUGGAUGAUUGUAUAGCUGGAAUAACAGUGGGUGAUUACUAUGGUUUUUCCAACAUAUUACUUGUGUGUACAGUCGAAGGUGACAUACGUUGUUAUGCUAUGCUUCAAUCAAAGAAUCAUUUGAAUUCAAAGCCAUCGGAAGAUACUUUACGUCAUUUAAUCACUAAAAGACAGAAUUUAUUAUUAGAAAUUCAAAGUAUCCAUGAAAACAAUAAUUUAUUACAGUGGGAUAAGAGUGGAAUUCGUCAAGCAAAUGUUAAUAUCAUUAAAGCUAAUACGGAAUUACAAACCAAACUGGAAGUUUCGCCUGAUAAACCAUGCGUUAAUUUGACAAUUUCAACUAAUGACAAUACAUAUCUGAGAUGUAUAGUGUUGUUCGCUGAAGGUAUUUUUAAAGAAGAAAGUCAUGUUGUGUAA